CUGAAAGUUCUAUAAGGGCGCCUUCGGCGCAACAGUGCCCUAGGGUAGUCAUGUGGAGUAAUUGUGUUGUAGGUAGUGGAGUUGCUGCUGCUCAGAGUACUAACAAGUGCCCCAAUCACAGUAAAGACCGUAAUAAGAGAUGUACCCUUGAUGAUAAAGAUACAACCGCAGAGGCAGCUCCCGGUGCACCGGCAGCUCCCACCGGAAAUCCCCUGGAGAAAGGCCAAGUCUGCUACGGCGGGUACCACCUGGAAGUCUCCAAGUUUGGCCCCCUCCAUGGGAUGUACGCCAAUGGGCUCUUUGGCUUCCAGAUGGACAUUAGUCCCACCCAGUGCCUGGACCAACUGAGGGUAUAUGUCUACCACUGCUUCUACCAGCUCUAUUUCCUGAGGAAGCAAUGUGGAGCGGGGGUGGUGGAUGAUAAGGUUUUGGGCUGGAAAAGUUGUAGAUAUGGUAGUGGAGUUUACAUGGGUAGUGGAUAUAGCGCGAAAAAUCUGUGGAAGUGUGAGAUACCAGGCACAGGAAAUGGGAAUGAACACACGCAGAAAUGUGGUAUAUCUAGUGCUGCCGGUGGUGGUACGGCUGGAACUCAGAUAUCCCCCUUAAUGUGCUUCUUGUGUGAUGCUUUAUAUGGGAUGUGCUGUGGAAGGACUGUAGGAGCAAGUAAACAUUAUCCUGAAAUUGAAGAUCACAUUAACUGUCCAGCGGGGACACUUGGACACUUCGGCAAACCACCCAAACACUGCCCAGUACCUAUGGGUUGGAUACAGUCAGGUACCGGUGGCACAGACAAACAAAACCACUUCAAAGGUACGUCCCAGUACUCUAUAUGGCACCCCUAAGGCACUGUAUAUAUACACUAGGGGCACCCCCUGGGCGCCACAGUGACCAA